UGACGUCACCGGUGCACAGAUUAGAAUUGGAAGGGGAAUGUAGCAUCGGGGCCCCGCUCUGUGACUCAGUUCGCGUCCUCUUGUGUUUUUAACCAGUUGCACACCUUAUUACGCAAUUAAUUGGGUAAACAAUUGAAGGUUUUUAAGUGCGCGUUAUCGGUCGAAGUGGAAAGUUUACGCGGCGCCGUCCGUAAGUGCAAUUACCAAGCCGGUAGUCCUUGAUUUGGUACACUCACCGACUGACGUCAUUUAGUCUACAGGGCGUUUAAAAACGAUGUGAAGGAAGCGUGAUGCUCGAUCAUGCCACAGUGUGCCGUUGCGAAUUGCAAUAAUACGCAUCGAAAAACUAAAGGUGGCUCUGUACGAUAUCACCGCUUUCCGGGCGACCCGACGAUACGCUCCCAUUGGCUGAAGGCGUGCGGUCGUUUGGUGCAUAACUGCGCGACCGCUCGAGUGUGUUCGCUGCAUUUUAGAGGUUCGAGCUAUGAGAGGGAUGUGCAGCACGAACUAUUAGGGCUGCCCAUACGCAGUAGGCUGAAGAAGGGCGCGUUGCCUGAGAUUAAUCUACCUUAUACCUCGCUGCCGGAGGAAACCCCAACCGUCGAGAGCAAAAUUGCGGUAUUGCUCGCCGUUGGACUGGUACCAAACUCGCAGGCGAUCGAACGUGCUUCAGGCGGACUUCCUCGAGACCUGAACAAGAUGCACGUAAUGGAAGACGUGCGAGAAGGUUCGGACGUACCCAGCGCUCAACCGUCCUCACCCGGACACGCCGAACAACGUCCCACAAUCGAAGAACCCAAUGACAACGAAAACGGAACGGAGGAAAUACAAUCGGCGCAAAUUAAUGGGACGGAUAGCAAGUCGAAUGACGAUCUGAAAUUGGAAGCCAAACCGGAGAGCUUACAGCAAGCGAAGGACGAGGUUAUUUCGUUGCCCGACGAUGCAGCCAGUAACGACAGCGAAAAUUCCAAGCGAAAAAUUGACGGCGAAGAGAGCAGCUCGAAACGCCUACGCUCAUUAAUCGAACAGAAUUUCGUCAUCCGCGACAAAAUCCUGAACGAGUACACCGAUAACUCCACCUCUUCCACUCUCCAACAGAUUCAAACGCAAAUGGAUCAAAUUCUAUCAGAAAUUCGAGUCCUCAACGUGCUGGCGCUGGACAAAGAAAAGGAAUGGAACAACAUUAUUCAUUUGAAAAAAAUCAAGGAAGAAUUGCUUUUGCGAUUCCAAAGGCGAAAACAAAUCUUGACGCUGACAAACGACAAGACGGAAUGGGAAUGUGUCGGCUCCCCGGAACCUCCGCACGAAAACGAAGAACACUCCGCCGAAUCCAAGCAACUCAAAAACCUCGCGAAUCCCAACAGUGGCCUAGUCAUAUAUUCCACGUCCCAAUCCAAAACGGAAACGGGCAGGAAAAACUCAAAAAAUCUUCCGAGCACAAUCAUCGAGAUCAACGGACACUCCGGCGAUUUACGCCAAAACAGGCAGCGACCCGUUUUGGACGUUCAAUCGAUCAUCGCCGACUACAGGCAGCGACAUCCUGAGGCGGUGCCGCGACGAGGAAGACGGAUACGUUCCAUCCUAAACAACCAAGGUGAUAGCACAAUGGCUAGAACCACCCAGGGAAACGUAAUGAACUUUUCCUCAAUUUCACUAGGUUCCGGCUCCCAAGUGAAACAGAACCUGAGCUCAUCGGGCAUCGAAAACAACAGCGAGCUCGGCCUGUUGCUCACCGCCGUCGAUAACGGCAAAGGCGCGCCGAAAUUGGGCGACGGGAACGAGACGGCGUCAUUCAAGGACGUCCUCAUGCAAUUCGCGAAGCUAUCCCAAACGGAACGCCAGGACCUGCUGCAAUCCGAGAUGAAACAGCCGCCGCCCUAUUCCGAAGUGACCGUGCAUCCGGUACCGGCGCACACGCAACCGACGACCAACUCGCUUCUGCACGGAAUUUUAACUAAGACACAAUCAAGAUCUGACAACAGUAAAUCAACAUUCAGUCCAACGCUGGCCCGUCUUCUAACGGCACCGGAGAGGGCGGCGAUGUCACCGCACAACAACCCCCUUUCGGUCACAGACAUGCUCUCUAACAACAAGGCGAGGAACGAAAUAACUAUCACUCCAGUGGGUGGCCAAUUCGAUGUGGUCGCCAAGGAGAAGGACGAAGAGGAGGCGGAGGAUAGCGCCGAUCGCCUGGUAAUCGACGAGAGCGAGGCGUUGGACGGCCGCAAGUGUGCCGAUACCAGUUCGGACGGCGGAGACGAAGUUCCUCAGUGUCAGGGCUGCAAUCAGAAACCUGCGCAGUUCGUGUGUGCGGGUUGCGGGAACCAGUGGUACUGCAGUCGCGAGUGUCAGGUCGUCGCGUGGGAUGAGCACUCUGAAGUGUGUUCAGGUUAAAUUGGUUUUUAUUGUUUCAUUUGCUAAAUCUCAGUAUUUGUUCCAAAUUGAUAGACUCGGAUGCGCGAGACAAAGUAUUUUUUGGUUCCUUGAAGUACGUAUUAUGUUUCUUAUUAGCGUUUACGGAGCUAGAUCUAACUAAGAUAUAGGUUUUAAGGUAAACUAUCUGUCUAGUCAACCUAAUUUAAUGUUACCUUGUUUGUGCGAGUGAUUUCAUAUUUUGUUCGUUUUGUUACUAGUUUUUAAAGUGCCAUCGUUAUUGGAAAGCGUGCAAGUUUCAUACAUUUCAGUCAGUGAACGAAUUUAAAUUUUAAGAGACUCUGUGAUAUACAAACAUUUGCGAUGUUAUUUAUCAGCCUCUCCACAAAUUUACUUUAAAAUAAACAUUUUUUGUACAUU